AUUCAAGAUCCUAUUUUCCCUAAACCCCUAACCCUGGUUCUCACCCCCACACACACACACACGUUAAUAGGCUAUAGGCCUUUAAUUAGCUGUAACGUUUUUAAUUAUGGUCCAACAUGUUAACUUCUUGUAGAAUAGUCAGUAUUGCAAAUAAUAUAACAACACGAGUUGUGUUUAGCUUCACCCGUUAUAUUUUGACCCUUUAAUGACUGUUGUAAAUUAUCUGUCACGUGCUUUAGUGCAUCACUAAGGACAAAUACAAUUUGAGAACUAUCUUCAUUACCUCACCCUCAUCUUACGCAAUACAUUGGUUUAAAAAGACCGGGUACCUAGGUAGCUGGAAUUUAGUCACAGUAUCCUUCCUUAUUCAAUCUUGGGACAUCUCACCUACUAGCUGAAGAGAAAUACCAGAUGGCCCUCACCGGAGUCUUGUGUGCAUUUGCCUUUGUAUGUGUCACGCUGUGUCAGGCAGAGAAGAUUGACUCUGUCGGAGGUUUGUCGGAUCGCAAUCUCAACCACCAAGAUAAACUAACAUGGCUCGAAACAUUACAGGAGAAAAGGGUAACCACCGACGACAAAUACCACCUCGCCUGGCUGCUAUACAAGCUUUUAAAGUCACACAGCGACCAGUUCAAAUCCAACUUUCUCCCUCCUGGACCAGAGAGUGGCGGGAUACAGGAGAGUAGGCGCGAGACUACGCCACAGAAGGACAAGCGCAUUCGCAAAGCCGGAUGCAGAAUGUUCUUUUGGAAGUCAUGGACUGCAUGCUGACAAACUUGUCUACUUUUUACUCCAAAAUGCAGAUGGUUUUCGAAUCGAGAGCCUUCAUUCCAAAUCAGCUUACCAAAGUUUUGUCUGCAAUUAUUAAUGUAACUUAUUAUUUUUAUGAAUGGUAACUUAUCAACUUAUUGACGUGGUUGUGAGGCUACGAAUGUCAAGUUGUAAUAAAAUGUGAGUUAUUUAUUAAUUGUUUGU